CAGUCGCAUAAGACUUCCCUUUUUUCUAAACCGUACCGUACACAAAAAAUUGUACCAACUCGGCGCAAACUUGUCAGCCACCUCGGUGAUAAUAUGCGCACUACAUGUACUAACGUAUUAUGUAUUUAACUUAACCUAAGCAUCCGUCGUCCCCAAACAACUUCAAAGAUUUCAAAAAAGUUUCUGCUUAUAAGCGGAUCGCGUUUCGCACAGGAAAGAAAAUGGCGUCUAUCAACUCGUUACCGGACGAAAUCGUUCACCAUAUUCUACUUUACGUAUCUCCGGAAGAGACUUUAUCUAACGUCGCACUUCUAUCAAGGCGUUUCAACAGAGUCGCGCAUGAACCACUGCUAUGGAGGUGGUACUGUAAGCAUACUUUCAAGUAUUGGGAAGCCAGUCAUCACUUCAAAGAGAGGUUGAACGGCUACUUGCGCGGUACCGACUGGAGGCGAUUAUUCUUGCUGCGGCUCGGACGCAAUGCCUACAUUGCGCGUCUACUCGAUGGCAUAAUCGCUUCUCGCGUCUCUCGGUUGCAGAAGAUGGAACAGAUCUGUCUUUACGGUUACGACGCGAAAGAUUAUCUUUUAAGCCAGUGCCAGGCUCCCGAAUCUGCUAAAGACGUUUUGGCGCGAAGAUACUACUCAUGCGCUGUUCUUGACAGCAUACACCGAAGCCUUGCUAUAGACGAAUGGGCCAAGUAUCAAAAAUUCGCGGCGCGUCGCAUUGAUGAGGACACUCCAAAUAGCGAAAGAUUAAAUUGCGGCAUGCGCCUUGAGCGUGCCCUCGGCGCCUUUGAUAUGUUUAUGCUACACGAUAAUGAGGGUGAUUUGGAUGAGAUUACCGAACUGCUGGAUGAUAUCGCGUAUCGAUUCCAAAGUGCUCAUCCGUAUUUUGACGAGAUGACUACGCGUCAAAAGGCCAUCGCCCUGUCUAGAUGGUUGCGCUUGAACAAUAUGACCGGCUUAAACGAUCCUACGGAGCAAACUUAUCGUUAUCUCCGUAAUUGUCUGAUCGGCAGGGCUCUGCGAGAUGAGCGCCAUCCAUCACUGCCAAUUAUCUCCGCCGCGAUUUACUCAGCCGUAGCAUCGCGACUCGGCUUGGAGGCGUAUCCCUGUGCUUUACCUAGCCACGUCCAUGCUACAGUUUUGUCCCGGCCAGGCAUGACACUAGAUGAUCGACCCUUGGACGAACCCUCUCAACGUCAAGAGCACAUGUUCCUAGAUCCUUAUACGCUGGAAGAUGAAGUUCCUCUGGACCGGAUAAUUGAAUUUCUAUCUAGGCUCGGUAUUCACACGGGCCACGGUAACUUGCUAGACCCCACAUCCACGGAUCUUAUCGUCAUGCGCACCGCGCAAAACAUACGCGCAUCGUUCACUAGCUUCCGAACCAACGAGCGACCCCUCGCCCAAAUUAUCCCUAUGAUCGAACUCAACCGCGGCGACUGGGCUCGUAAUCUGCAGCCGGCGCUAUAUAGCAUGAUAUGGGCGAGCAUCAUGAUGGUUCCUGUGUUGCCGGAUAGCGACGAGAUACGCUGGGACUGGCAGCAAGACGUGCGCGAUCUACUCUCGGCUUUCUACGAACACUUCCCCGAGGAUGCGUGGCUCGUGGAGAAGUACGUAUGUCCCAUGUACGACACCUUCGCGGCUCCAUCGCGCCGCCGAAACAACUGGGAGCUUCCUUCGAAAGGCGUCAUGGAUCAGAUUAGGCGCAUGAGACGGGCGGACGCGUCGGUACAGCCCGCCCGUCGGCGCAGCGAUCUGGCCAAGGGUAUGAAGGUUAAGUAUCACGUCGGUCAGGUGUUUAAGCAUAAGCGCUACGAGUACCACGGCCUGAUUUUGGGCUGGACCGUCGAGGGCUCGUCUACUUGGACCGACGACUCCUUAUCCCCGACGCAGAGGCCGUGGUCUACUUACAACCAGCCGUAUUACAGGUGCAUGUCCGGUACUGACGGUUCCGACCAGCAUCUCAUCGCUGAGGAGAAUAUUGAACUAUUGGAUUUACGCGGACGUCCCGACCUGCUACCGCCGGAGAUCAAAGACCUGAUGCCCAUGGCCGGCAAGUUCUUCAAGCGCUGGGAUAGCGAGCGGGGCGUCUUCAUCAGUAAUCUGAAGGAAGUGUAUCCCGAAGACUAAUAAUAGACGACCAUCAUCUAUCUAUCUCUUUAUUUGAUCAGCUGCUGCCGAUCUCGUAUUGCUAAUAACUGGCUGUCGCGUAUUUUCCCCGCGGCGCUGGGGCACAACAAACAAACACUUUCUUUCUUAUACACAUUGCAUACGGACUUAGGUAAACUUCAAUACCCUUUUAGUCCCAAUAACACGGCUGCGGAAAUACCUACACUCCCCUUGAUACCAGUUACCUAUACCCACCAUUCUCACCUCUUACCUACUACCUCCCUAAUAUGUACAGUUAGUUAGUCGCCUCGUUGCCUUGAACCAUCCAUCACAAGCCUGCUUCGUCUGCCUUGAGCGGCGUGGGGCGUUUGGUAGGAUGAUGGGACUGUGAGUUGAAAUAAUGUAGUUAGUUAAUGUACGAUAGAAAUAACAUUGAUUAUACGAAUUAAUUGAUUACUGAGUAUUUAGCUACCUACUAAUAC